AUGCGUGUUCCGAGUGAGAUCAACGCAACAGACAUAGACCUCCUUCCUCCAGCUCUUGAUCAAGCCGACAAGCCAACCGCCGAGCUUACGGUUGCCGGAUUAACUGCGUUUCCAUGGCCAGAAAUGUGUCAUUCUCCGAUGACUGAUCCUUGUAAGACGCUGACACGAGGCCUUGUCGACACUUCGGAUGACGCAACGAGUCGCCAUCGCGUCACUCGGCCAACCUACGUCCCCCAGACUCGUCAGUCCAGGAGCCCCGGCGGUCACGACUGCCUGGCUCUGCCGAUUUCACUCGACCCAACCACCGCUGGCUCAAUCCCUGUCCUGCGGCUCGACUGUGCCGAGGAUGAGGCGCCCUGUCACCUCGCCAAUUCGCCGUCGCCGUCACCGCAGACGGCGAUGGCAAUUGUCGCUCGUCAAAGUCUACGAGGUUGCCAGCAGGAGAGUCGGCACGCCUCGAAACGCAUCUUCAGACAUGCAGAAUUGUCAUGCGUCAGGAACGGCCGACGAUAUCGGCGAACCACACAUCGAAAAGGCCGUGGAAUGCGGCUGGAGGACGUGAUUUCUGUCCAGCAACGACACUUGAUUGAAUGCCUUCACGUGGUCACGGUGAGUCCCAAAAGAUACCGGUGCUAG